AUGGUACCCAUUGACGCUUUUGUAGACGCCUUCCAUGAUGCCUGUUUUGAGGGAAACUUAUCGGAAACCCAAAAAGCCCUCGCGAGCGGGCGGCUCAGCACCGAGGACCUCGACGAGGCACUCAACCUCGCCAGCGGUGAGGCGCACCCGGACAUCGUGGCCGCUCUUUUCGACGCCGGUGCUAGAGUCACGGCCAAUUCGGUGAGCUUCCUCACUGGAAAAGAUGGUCAGCAGCACCCGAGCAUUGCCCGUUGCUAUCUCAAUCAUGGUUUGGAUCCCAACAGUAACGUCUCCAACGGCGAGCCUCUUCUACGCUUCAUGAGGAAUACCGCCUGUGUUCACGCAUUACUCUCGCGAGGCGCGGAUCCCAACCGUUGUGGUCCGAAGGGGGGGACUCCCCUCGCCUGCGCUCUGGAAUACGUCUGCGAAGACACCUCCCUCUUCGGCCUGCUUGUCGAAUACGGGGCGAAGUUGGAGUCCAAUCUUCUCUUUGAGGCCAUCCGUCCGCGUGGGGAAGGGAUAUUCAAGACUCGGUUCCUUCUUAGUAAGGGGCUUGAUCCCAAUACUACCUCCGCGGAGUGGGGCACGCCUUUGCAUCGUGCUGCCUAUCUCGCAAAGGAGGAAGUGGUGAAGUUACUGCUAGAGGCUGGAGCUGAUUCCACGGCGCGAGCGAAUUGCAGGCAAUUCAAAAAUCAAAGCCUCUCGGAAGUCGCCGGGGAGAGACUGCAGAGGGACCCCGAUUUGCAGGCUCCGCUUCAGACCAUACUCAAGCUCCUCGGGUCUUACCAGGGGUAA